CACAGUUUGGAUUUCACCUUCAUUCUCUCAUUUCAAUGGCGGCAUCUGAUGAUGAUCAGCUCCAGGCAUUGUGGUGGAUGCUGCUGCUGCUUGUUUUGUUGCAAGGGGGUUGUGCAAAUGGAAAGCCGCUAGUACCUUGUCUCUUUGUUUUCGGGGACUCGAGCUUCGACAAUGGCAACAAUAACAAUCUUCUCACAGAGGCGAAAUCCAAUUAUCCACCAUAUGGGAUUGAUUUCCCCUUGGGGCCUACCGGAAGGUUUUCCAACGGUCGUAAUAGCAUGGAUUUCAUUGCUCAAUUUCUGGGAUUCGACCAUUACAUCCCGCCCUUCGCUAAUGCUAAAGGCCCGGAAAUACUCCAAGGUGUGAACUAUGCAUCUGGUGCAGCGGGAAUUCGCGAUGAAACUGGACAACACCAGGGUGAUCGGAUAAGCAUGAAUAGGCAGUUGAAAAACCACCAAACUACCGUGUCGGAGAUCAACCAGAGGUUGGGAAAUGAUAUAUCAACCACAGUGUACCUAAACAAGUGCUUAUAUUUUGUUUCAAUAGGCCAAAACGACUAUCUUAACAACUACUUCUUGCCCGAGUUCUACCCUACUAGCCGCCUGUACACCCAACUGCAAUAUCCUCUUCUUCUCAUCCAACAACUAUCUCAGCAAUUAAUGAGUUUGUACAACUAUGGGGCAAAGAAAUUUGUGGUUGUCGGACCGAUUGCGUUAGCUAGUACUCCAUUCGAACAUGUUUCAUGUGGACUUAUUGGCUCUCCAUGUUUGGACAACAUCUACAAUGCGGUUGAACUUUUCAAUGAUUUGCUUAAAUCUCUGGUGGAUCAGCUCAACAACAAUGUCAAUCUCGAGUUUUCAACUUUUAUCUUCAUAAACACUAGUGGAUUAUUAAUGUCGAGCAGUUCGGCUCGAGGUUCCAUGGUUACAGAUUUUUCCUGCUGUGAAAUGUGGCCCACUGGGCUGGCCCCGGCCGUGCAAUGCAAGCCUUUUGGAAAAUCAUGCAGUACUCGGAGCGAAUAUAUGUUUUGGGAUGGAGUCCAUCCCACUGAAGCCGCAAAUUUGGCGUAUGCAGAAGGAGCAUACAAUGCUUACUCUCCAAGUCAUGCUUAUCCAUUCAAUAUCAGCCACCUCGCGCAGCUCUAAUGAGCAAGAUGAUAUGUAAAGAGGAUAUAUAUAUUAGGGUUUAUUUUUUAAAUGAAGUUAUUUUUUUUUUUUUUUGGAAUUAUAGUAUGCAUGUUUAUAUUAUUUAUUAUAUACAAGUAGUACUUCAAUUAUAUUCAAUACAGCUUAAUUAGGUGUGUUAAUGAGAGUAUCAUACAGAA